AUGCCGGUGGGGGAGAAAGAGCAGCGCGCUCGCCGGACGGUCAAAGCGUGCGUCAUAUGCCAUAAACGAAAGAUCCGAUGCGAUAUCGACAAGGUGGACGGCCAUGUUUGCACGCCCUGCGCGAAGGACGGAUAUGACUGCAUCCCGCGCGAACGGAAGCGGAAACGCUUUACCUUCAGCCCUUCGCCGCCGACACAGAGACGCGUCAAAACGCAGAACGACGACGCUUCCCUUCCUGAAGGCUCCCAGGCAUCAUUUUCUGUGGCACUCUCGGCACCCGGAAAUGUUGCUGACGCCAGCAACAGUACAUUUGCCAGUGGAUUACCCAUUGCUCGAGACCAGCCUUUCAAGUCGGAAAACGAGCUUGCGAGACGGCUGUCGAGCGCUGCGAGUUUGCAGGAGCAUUCCCCUCUCCUAGAGCGGCAUCCGGAACCCGGGUACCCGACGCCUCACAACAGCGUCCCUUCGAUCAUGACGGAUUCAAGCUACAAGUCUUCCUCGAACGUAGUUAGCUACUUGGGCCGCCUGGAAUAUCUUCGUAAUGAUGUGCCUGUGAACGACGACGCCGGUCUUCCGAAUAAGGUCCCGCAUCGGCUCUCCGAAACCGACGUGGAGAUUUUACGGGUGCAGCGAGUAUCCGAGCUGCCGCCCAGGCCUGUACGAGAGUCGCUCAUAGAUGCUUUCUGGACGCGCUGUUAUCCAUGGACGCCGGUUGUAGAGCGUAGCUGGAUAGAUGGUCGGACUCCCAGCCAGGUCUCACUCCUGCUACAGCACGCGAUGUUCUUGGCUGGGAGUAGGGUCAGCGCUCCGCUAGCGAACUAUCCUCCCGAAGAGUUCUACAAGAAAGCGCGUGUGCUGUUCUGGAUGGGCGCGGAAGAAGACCCGAUCAUCACCAUUGCAGCGUCAUGUCUCCUGCACUGGUGGAACCCCGAAGGCCCGGAACGGAUUUCCUUGGAUACCAGCAGUUUCUGGUUGCGGAUAUGCAUUGGCCUGGCGUACCAGAUUGGACUGCACAGAGAGCCGUCCGGAAAACCCGACGCAGGGCUUAGGAGACGGAUAUGGUGGUCACUGGUCGUUAGGGACUGCUUGAUCAACGCCGGCCACGGCAGGCCCAGAGCGAUUGAUCUGAAGCUGGCAGACGUAUCGCCCAUAUCAGUUCUGGACUUCGAAGGCGCAUUGGGCGCGGCUAAUCUGUUCGCGUCCUAUGUAGGCAUCUCCUGUAUUCUAGGCGACCUCACCCAGAGCUAUCUUCGCAAGCAUGGACUGCAAGAGCACAAGAAGUCACUUGAGGACAGGCUCUUCAGAUGGCUCAAGACGCUCCCGGAGAACCUGCAGCUUUGUCGACCUGCCGAAGGACGACCACUCAAACCGUACAACUUCGAAGCUCGGCAACUGCACAUCCAAUAUUUCACAGUCUUGGUAAUUCUCAACCGCCCUACGGAUCCUAAGUUAGCGCCAUCUACUGCUUCGCUGCUCGCAUCAUCGUUCAUUGCGGGCAUCUUUGAAGACUUCAUGGCACGCGAUGAACUACGAUACGUCGGCCCUAUAUUCACGUUCUAUUGUCUGACAGCCGGAAUGGCUCAGCUCUCUUGUUACCGCUAUUCCGGCCUGGUCGACAUCGCGGAAGAGAAUCUGGCUAUCAUUGGACGCGCACUCGAGGAACUCAGUAAGCGCUGGCCGAGCGCGGUGGGUAGUCUAAAACACCUGCUGGAUGUCCGCGAGAAGGCCACACAACGGCCGUCACUGGGUCAAUUCCCAGAUGCCAACUUGCCCCCUACCUCAGCUCAAUUCUUUUCUGACUUCGGCUCGGAUCUGUGUCGCAUGUGGCAUCCCAUCCACCAACGGCUGCCGCAAACGACCAAUAUCGCGCCGAGAGAAUUGGAGACGGCCGGCAUACUGCAAGGGCUGCGCACUCCCGCAACUCAAACCCUCGAUCUCGAUGUGGCUACGAGUGCAGCUAUACAGCAACAGAUGCUGAGCGACCAGGUCAUUGCAGGCGGAGCCACUAUAGAGCCUACUAUGUUGCAGCCUCAAGAAUGGUUUGGGCCAUACGGCGGGAUUGGGAACUGGCUAAUGGUCGAUUGGGAUCAGGGUUUCGUUGGCUAG